GAUUCUAAUAAUUAAGAACCUGUUGAAGUCUCGCCGACUUCUACCAAAUCUCUCGGAGGAGGAACCGGAGCUUUAUCGAGGAGGAGAAGAAGGGAGCACCGGUGAAAUAGGAAAAAAACUCGAAAACCCUUUUACGGCUCUUUUCGUGUUGGUUUCGGCGGUGGACAGAAAGAGAAGAUGAACCGCCCAGCUCGAGAAGACGACGAUCAGGGUGAGGUUUUCCUCCACGAAUCGGAUAUCAUCCACGAAGUCACCGUCGACGAAGAAGAUCUUCCUGACGUUGAGGAUGAAGAACACUCCGACUCUGAAAAUAUGGGUGUCGACGAGGAAGCUGAUGACUCAAUGCACAUAUUCACUGGUCACACUGGUGAGAUUUAUGCAGUUACUUGUAGCUCAACACAUCCUACACUAGUUGCAACUGGUGGUGGAGAUGAUAAAGGGUUUCUUUGGAGGAUUGGUGAAGGAGAUUGGGCUUCUGAACUCCAAGGUCAUGGAGAUUCUGUCUCUAGUUUAGCCUUUAGUUCUGAUGGGCAGCAGCUUGCAUCUGGAGGGUUUGAUGGACUUGUUCAGAUUUGGGGGUCAUCAGGAAACCUCAUACACCGAUUUGAUGGUCCAGGAGGAGGCAUUGAGUGGGUCAGAUGGCAUCCAAGAGGGCAUCUUAUUUUGGCUGGUUCUGAGGAUUGCACUGUUUGGAUGUGGAAUGCAGACACAGGUGCCUAUCUCAACAUGUAUUCAGGUCAUGGAGCUUCUGUGACUUGUGGUGAUUUUACCCCCGAUGGCAAAACAAUCUGUACUGGAUCUGAUGAUGCAUCCUUGAGAAUAUGGAAUCCAAAAAGUGGUGAAAAUGUUCAUGUUGUAAAAGGUCAUCCGUAUCAUACUGAAGGGCUAACAUGCUUGGCCAUAAGUUCUGAUUCAACUCUUGCUCUUACUGGCUCGAAGGAUGGUUCUGUCCACAUUGUGAAUAUCUCAACAGGGAAGGUUGUUAGUUCAUUGGCUUCUCACACAGAUUCAGUAGAAUGCAUUGGGUUUGCACCAAGUUCACCUUGGGCUGCAACAGGAGGCAUGGAUUGUAAGCUUAUAGUCUGGGAUCUGCAGCACUCAAUGCCCCGGUUCAUAUGUGAACAUGAGGAGGGAGUUACAUGCGUGAGCUGGAUUGGUGUAUCUAAAUACAUAGCUACAGGUUCUGUGGAUGGGAAAGUACGAUUAUGGGAUAGUCUCUCCGGAGAAUGUGUUGAGACCUUCAGGGGACACUCUGAUGCCAUCCAAUCUCUGUCAGUUUCUGCUUCUCAAGAUUAUCUUGUUUCAGCUUCACUUGAUGGAACUGCCCGAGUGUUUGAAAUUGAGAAGUUCAGAUGACAAAAAUAAGACCCCGAGAAGCCAUAUGGGAUUGCAGAGUAAUAAACUUAUUCAUCAUGCCUACCCUAUUCAUAUUGCCAUUUCUCCAUCCCAAGUAGUCAAAUAUACAGUACUAUGGAAACAUUGUUGUAUAACAGCUGAUCAUAAAUUUUUUGAGUGGUUUGCAUUAGUGGACAAUUGUCUUAACCUCUAUUAAAGGGUAUCUGAACCUAAGGAUUCGUUUAUUUGAAGAUUCAUACAUCCUAGAAAGCACCAAUAAUGUUCUUGGCAAUUC